UUAGGCAUAAACACUCUGCCGCCAUUAUUGUAACGCCAUAGAUUCUAUUCAACAUUUAUAUUCCAAGAGAGAGAGACAAUAAACAAAUUCCUCGCAUGUGGUUGAAAAUAGAUUGAAAUAAUAGUUGAGAAUUAUUUUCAAGGAUAAAUUUAAUUAUUCGAUUUGUGAAUCUGUUUCAACCGAUUUUCACUGCCUAAGGAGAAGACAAAAUGUAUUUUAAAUGUUAAGACAAUUGUGAUGAUGAUUUCUUAAAAAAAUUGGUGUAGAGUUUUUAUAAUGUAGUUUUCCCAAAAAAAGAACUAAAUAAUCAAGAAGUAACGGCCGCUUAAUUUAUUGGGAAAAUAGAAAAACGAGAAAAUGGACGACGAGGAAGGCUCAUCGAGUUCAGGACCAAUGUCCUCAUUGAAUAGUUUAUUUUCCUUCACAAGUCCAGCGGUGAAGAAGCUCCUCGGUUGGAAGCAAGGCGACGAGGAGGAGAAAUGGGCCGAGAAGGCUGUCGAUUCCCUCGUGAAGAAAUUAAAGAAACGAAAGGGUGCAAUCGAGGAGCUCGAACGAGCAUUAAGUUGUCCCGGUACACCGAGUAAGUGUGUGACAAUACCGCGUAGUUUAGACGGACGUUUACAAGUAUCACAUCGCAAGGGUUUACCGCACGUGAUUUAUUGUCGCGUAUGGCGAUGGCCCGACCUGCAAUCGCAUCACGAACUCAAACCACUGGAACUCUGUCAAUAUCCAUUCUCAGCGAAACAAAAGGAAGUUUGCAUCAAUCCCUAUCAUUAUAAGCGUGUCGAGAGUCCAGUAUUGCCGCCCGUUCUCGUGCCAAGACACUCGGAAUUCGCUCCCGGUCAUUCACUUCUACCAUUUCAACAACUUCCCGAGCCAACAAUGCCGCACAAUGUCACAUACUCGACAAGCGGUUUCAACGCGGGGAACACAAACGUAAAUCCAACGUCGCCAAUAUCCUCGGUGAGUUCAGUGCCGAGUCCUGCGAGUUCAGGAAAUCCUCAGAGUCCCUACGGGACGAAUGGUUUGCCGGAAACGCCACCGCCAGCGUAUUCCCCACCCGAGGACGGUUCACAGCAUGGACAAUCGCCGCCACCCGAUCCGGCGGCAAUGGACACUGGGAGUUCGCCUGCAGUCGCUCCCGUUUGCUAUCAGGAGCAACCCUAUUGGGCGUCAAUUGCAUAUUAUGAAUUAAAUUGUCGUGUUGGUGAAAUAUUUCAUUGUCAGAGUCAUUCGGUGAUUGUCGAUGGUUUCACUAAUCCGAGUAAUAAUUCUGAUCGUUUUUGCCUCGGGCAAUUGUCAAAUGUGAAUAGAAAUUCGACAAUUGAAAAUACGAGGCGACACAUUGGCAAGGGGGUGCAUUUAUAUUAUGUUGGCGGUGAAGUUUAUGCCGAGUGCCUAUCUGAUUCGGCGAUUUUUGUACAGUCGAGAAAUUGCAAUCAUUUCCAUGGAUUUCAUCCUAGUACGGUGUGUAAAAUUCCACCGGGAUGCUCACUCAAGAUAUUCAAUAAUCAGGAAUUUGCAUCACUCUUGUCCCAGAGUGUUAAUCAUGGAUUUGAAGCUGUUUAUGAAUUGACGAAAAUGUGUACAAUUAGAAUGUCAUUUGUGAAAGGCUGGGGUGCUGAAUAUCAUCGACAGGACGUAACAUCAACUCCCUGUUGGAUUGAGGCCCACUUGCAUGGACCAUUGCAAUGGUUGGACAAAGUUCUCACCCAAAUGGGAUCACCUCACAACGCCAUAAGUUCCAUGUCGUAAGGAUAUAAUUUUCAGAGGACAAUAUAAACGUGAGAAAAAAUAAAAAUUCAUUUUCAUUAAAUUUCUUUUUUCUAAAAUCAAAAAAAAAAAUCGAGAUUUGCUUUUCUUUUCCAAAAAAAAUGACAAAAGAAGAAAUUAAUAAUAGAAGUUUAGAAAAUGAAAAAGUAAAUCUCGAUUAUUAAAUAAAUAAAAAAAUUAAAUAAUUAAUAAAAGAAAGAAUUUAAUAAUGUAAAACCAAAAUCAUUAAGAGCGAUUAUUUUGCCUCAAAAUACAAAAAAAAAUUGUAUAGGUAUAGAUUUAUUCUAUACGUUCCAUAAAAAAAAUGUGUAAACGAGUAUUGACGAAAUUUUUUUUUUUUAAACAAAAAAUUAGUUAUAAUUCUUCUCAAAAAAAAAAUGUACAACAUGACAAAGUACAUUUAUAUAUUAUAUAUAUAUAUUAUAUAAAAAUUUAUAGUGAUGUUUUUAAAUGUCUCAUUAGCUAAAUAAAUCAAAAAAAAAAACAAACUUCGAUGAAAGACAUAGAAGUUAUAUAAAUAUAUAUAUAUAUAAAAAAAUUAAACUAGCGAUUAGAAUAAUUUACUAUAUAUAGUAGAUAGGAAUAGAAAGAAAAUUCAGUAAAAAAAUUGGCCACAAUUUAAAAAAAAUAUAUUUUUUCUUUAUUAAAAUUUAAAAAAAAAAAAUAGUUAAUUACUCCGAUAGAAACGAGUUUUUGCUCAUACGAUGCAUAUUUCGAUAUAAAAAAAAAUCGAAGCUAAAAGAUAAAAAAGUACAAUUGUGAUUUCUCUUGAUUCUUAUUUUGCCUAAAAAAUUUUGCAUUUUUUCAUUAAAAUGUACAAAAAAAAUAUUCAGUGGAUAAAACUGCUUUCCUUCACGUUGGCCAAAAGUUAGAAAAAAAUAGCCUUUUUUUUGGUAUGUAGAAAAAAAGCCUUAAUUAGAGGCUUUGAGAAUUGCCUAUUAAAUAAUUUGUAAAUGUUUUACAAAACAAAAAAAGUUUUAGCUAUUUAUCGUGAAAAUAUUUUAUGAAGAUGAAACUAUUUUAUUCUAUUGUACUAUAAUAAAUAAAAUAUACAUAAAUUGUAUAUUAUUGAAGAUUAAUCUCUGAAAAAAAGUGUAAACGCCAACUUUUCAAAGUUGAUCUCAUGAUUAUUGUAAUAGUGCCUAUUAUGUAAGACUAAAAUAUAUUCUAAAAAGAGAAAUAAUUCAAAAGAAAAAUGAUGAUAAUUCAUCGUUUUGUUUUUUUUUUCAAAUCAAUUAUAUUGAAAAGGAAAAUUUUGUUUUUGCGAUUUAAUACAGUAAACAUUGUCAAGGGAACUUUUACAUUAUUUCUUACAAUAAUAUACACAUAGGAAAAAUUUUAAUUGAGGCUGA